AUGAACAAUUUAGAGGUGGAAUCAGAGACGCUCAUAACAGCAAAUUACGGAGGCUCAAGUUGGGAAGACAAUGAUCCAUCUGUCUUCACAAUGAAUCUCAAUGGCGGUAAGAAUAUGGCACAACUACGAGGUGAAUACCAAAUAACUAAUGGCUAUGGUCCUGAAAUAGCCCCUCGAGUCAUGCAGACUCACUGGAAAGAAUGGAUUACUGAGGAGGAUUUCAGAUUUAUGCGGUCAAAAUGUAUAAAUGCUGUGAGAAUCCCAGUUGGAUGGUGGAUAGCUUAUGAUCCACCACCAAAGCCUUUUAUUGGAGGUUCACUGCAAGCCUUAGACAAUGCUUUCAAUUGGGCAGGGAAGUACGGGAUGAAGGUAAUUGUGGAUUUGCAUGCAGCUAAAGGUUCACAAAACGGAAAUGAUCACAGCGCCGCAAGGGAUGGCUUUCAGGAAUGGGGAGAUUCAAACAUACAAGAGACAGUAGAUGUCAUAGACUUCCUAGCAGAAAGAUACGCGAAUGAUCCAAGUCUUGCAGCAAUUGAGUUGAUGAAUGAGCCUUUGGCCCCUGGUAUCCGUCUAGGAACACUUAUGAAGUACUAUCAAGCAGGUUAUGAUGCUGUAAGAAAGCACACCCAAAGUGCUUAUGUGAUCCUUUCAAACAGACUAGGACCUCAUAAACCAGCUGAACUCCUCUCAUUUGCAAGCCAGUUCAGUCGUGUAGUCAUUGAUGUGCAUUACUACAAUCUAUUCGAUGACAGUUUGUUUAGAGGAAAAAAGGCAAAAUGGAACAUUAAUUACAUUAGGAAUGUUCGGGGCAAUGAACUCCAAGUUCUAAGCACCACGAAUGGCGUCCUCAAUUUUGUUGGGGAAUGGACAGGAGAAUGGGAAGUAGAGGAUGCAUCACUGCAGGAUUAUCAAAAUUUUAUUAAUGUACAGCUAGAAGUGUAUGAUAGAGCUUCAUGGGCAUAUUGGGCAUACAAACUUGAAAACCCUGACAGAAAUCACUGGAGCUUCAAGUGGAUGAUUGAGAACGGCUACAUGAAAGUUAAUUAGGCCUCUUUUCUGAACAUAUAAGGGAUGAAGCUAGUUAUGUAACAAAAGGAAUAAGAAGCAAACUCAUGUUUGGCAUUUGAUUCUAG